AUGGCAAAGCUAUUCAGGAUAAAGCGCUGGCUGGUCCGGGUGCUGGUAGCCGUGCUUCUGCCCGUCCUCUCCCUGGCCGACGAUUGUGGUCGCGAGUUCCGGGGCAAGUGCAGCUGUGGUUAUCAGAUGUACAACUACCAGACACAGUACGUGGUCAACUGCACCGAUACCGGCUUCCGGGAUACGCUGGUCCUGGAGCACCUGCCGGCGCAGACGGAGGUGCUCAUCUUCAACGGGAACCUCGUCGACGAGCUGCCCUGGAACGUGUUCGGUGCGCUGAACGAUCUCGCCAACCUGACGAUCGUCGACAUGAGCAACAAUCACAUUCGCGAGAUCCGGGGCAAAUCGUACCACCACGUGCCGAACGUGCGCCGGCUCAUCCUGAACCACAACAACCUGAGCAUCUCGCGGUACGACGACGAGGAGUUCAAUCACCACCAUCCGCGCGUCUUUUCCAACUUCGUCAACCUGCAGGAGCUGCACCUGACCAAUGCGUUCGCGGACAACACGUCGGCCGAGCUGUCGGCCGAUCUGCACGACAUCUUCGUCAACAGCAACCUCACCAAGCUGGUCAAGUUGCACCUCGAGCAGAACGAAAUCUCGCAGUUCAACGACAAGCGCGUGUUUUGCGAUCUGCCCGCGCUGCUGGAUCUCCACCUGGGCGACAACCUGCUGACGGAGCUGAACUUCAACCUGAGCUGCAUGCCGCGGCUUCGCUUUCUCGAUCUCGAGCGCAAUCGGUUCGAGGCGGUCCGACCGCGCGAUCUGGCGCUGCUGGAAGCGGUCCAGGUGCAGCCGGGACGCACCACGCCGCUGACGGUGGACUUUACGUACAAUCCGUUCGUGUGCGACUGUGGUCUGUUUCCGCUGUACGAGUGGCUCGCGCGGACCAACGUUACCGUCCGGAACCGGGACGGGCUGGUGUGCCUGCGGAACCGGCAGGCACGGGAACCGAUCCGUUCGCUCGGAAUGGGCAAGUGCCGGAAGCUGCGGACGGGCUCGCCGGCGGAUGACGGGGGGCACACCACCACCACGCUCGUCUUCGUGCUGAUCUGCUUGAGCUGCGUGCUGGUGGCGCUCGUCGCGGGUCUGCUGUACGUGAGCAAGGACCGCCUGAAAACGCUGUUGACCCCGGUCGUCGACUCCGUUUCGAAGAAGGUCCACUACACCACGAUCAAGGACGAGGACGCACCGGAGCAGUACGUGUGAUGUAGCGUGCAGGAUGCGAGCGGGUCUGUGUGGCGAGCCUAGGCCAGCCGACCGAUCGAGAGCAGCGCUCGGCACGAGAACGGUAUCCUAUCUAAUAGGAGGCGGUCUCCCUUUCGCAGGGUGGACAGUAGGAAGACGGCACAUACAACACAGACAUGUUUUGUUUUGUUGUUAGCUGAGAAAUUUUUGCACCCUGUGUAAGGAGUUGUUAGUCGUGUGUUUCCGUCGAAGAAGGCUUAGGACAGCGAG